AUGGUUGAAGCAACUUCGUCACACUCAAAAGAUGCCUACUCAGAGGACUCUUCAAUUCAAAGGGUCGAAAUAGGCAAUGAUGCCAGAGACUAUGUGGUUUUGGGUAAACUCAAAAUCUACAGACACGAAUUACAAGCGGCAUUGAUGGAUCCACUCACCGUGCAAUCUCCAUUCACACCUGCUCCAAAGACCAGUUUUGCAAACCCAGGUCCCUUGGGUCUUUGUGCGUUUGGUAUCACAACCUUUAUCUUGUGUUGUUAUAACGCACGUGUUGGUGGUAUCACCGUGCCAAACGCUGUGCUCGGUAUGGCUGUUUUCUAUGGUGGCUUGGCUCAGUUUUUGGCAGGAAUUUGGGAGUUUUUCGUUGGAAACACUUUUGGUUGUACCGCACUUACCUCUUAUGGUGCUUUUUGGUUGGCAUGGGGAGCCAUUUACAUUCCAAGCUUUGGUAUCAGAGCAGCUUAUGCCGACGAUCCAGCACAAUUGACCCAGGCCGCAGGUAUCUUUUUAACGGGCUGGGCAAUCUUUACAUUCAUGCUUACUUUGUUGACAUUUAAGACCUCGGUGGCAUUUUGUACUUUGUUUUGCUCAUUGACCAUCACAUUUAUCUUUUUGGCCGUAGGUGACUACACGGGACAAGUUGUUUGCACCAAAGUUGGUGGUGUCUUUGGCGUCAUCACUGCAUUUUUGGCCUUCUACAAUGCUUUUGCGGGUGUUGCCACUAAGCAAAACUCAUACUUUGGCGCAAAUGUCUUUCCAUUGACCAAGAAGGAGUAA